AUGUACGUCGUCGCACAGCUUCUUAGUGGCAUCGCCGUCACUUCCAAAAUCUCCCUAUCGACGGAGCUCUCCACCCUCAUCGGUGCAUCAGAAGCAUUUCAAAUUUUGUCAAAUGUUGGCUUAGUUAGUACAGCUUAUGUCAACAGAUUAUGGAUGUGGCUGGUUUCCUUAUGUUACAUCUUCUUCAGUGCCAUUGUGGGGGCAUCAGUGACACAAUAUUUCUUCCUGCUGGGGAUCCAAUAUACUUCUGCUACCUUUGCUUGUGCAUUCAUCAACAUGGUGCCUGUGAUCACAUUCAUUAUGGCAUUACCAUUUGGGUUAGAGAGUGUGAACAUUAAGUGCAAGAGUGGGAGAGCAAAGAUUCUUGGGACAUUGGUGUGCAUAGGGGGUGCAUUGUUGUUGACACUUUAUAAAGGAAAGCCCUUGUUUAACUAUGCUUCUGCAACUUCUAUAGAAAAGUCAGGAACAAGUAGUAGUAGUGGAAGAUGGAUCAUUGGUGUUGUGGCUUUGAUUAUUGGAACACUGUUUUGGUCAUCUUGGUACAUAGUACAGUUAAGCAUAAGCAAGAGGUUCCCAUGUCAAUACUCAAGCUGUCAAGCACAGCCCUGA